AUGGAAGAGGAAACGUGUACCAUCGAGCUGAGACACCCCAGAACUCAGGACAGCAAAAACAAUGUCCAAGGCAAAACUCCAGAGACCAAACGCUACAGUGAAAUUCUACGGGAUUUCGACCAAUUGGAAUUAUCAUUCUGCUCGCCGAUGGACGAGCUGCUACCUGAUUCGGACACCUAUUCUAUCUCUGAGGCUAUUUCUACAGAAAUAGCUGAGACCACAGAUCUGGAGGAUAUGACGAGUGAAGAUGUUGACGUGUCUGAUAUUCGUCAGGAUGGGGAAGAAAAGGACGAGACAUUAUCAGCCCAGGAUGCGGACAUGGCCCUCUGUCGGUGCGAGGGCGGGGUGGAGAUGGCACUGCAGUACGCCAAAAUGUGGUGUCGUUACGCCAAAGACCUGCUCGCUUGGAUGGACAAAAGAAUCGGCCUGGAGCAAGAGUUUGCCAAGAAUAUCAUAAAGGCAGCAGAAACAGCAAAGACCUGUGUGGUACAGCAAGACAUGAUGCCCUUACAGUAUAUUUACACCAUGGUUCUUGAACAUGACGUGAAGACCAGUACAGUGACCAAACAUACUGGGGAACUGGUGCUGCAGCGCUGUUACCAGGCUCUUUCUGCUAAGAGGAAUGAGAUUGACAAAUGGCGUCGUGAGUUUAAGGAACAGUGGGCGAAAGAGCAGAAAAGAAUGAAUGACGCUGAAGCGGCACUGAAGAAAGCCCGCCAGCAGUACAUCCAGCGCUGUGAGGAGCUGGAGAAAGCCAAGGCCGUGACCGCAAAGGCCCAGGAAGAAACCGCCGGAUACAAGACGUUGGACAAGAGGAGAAAGUCCAGAGACGACGCCCAGACCAAAGUUACAGAGGCAGAGGCGCUGUACAGGCAGUGUGCACACGAUGCUAACAUCCAUCAGGACGAGCUUUUAAAGGUGAAGGAGAGAAUCAUUGUUCACAUCCGCAAACUCAUCUGUCAAGGAGACAAUGUACUGAAGGAGGCUACGGUAAAUAUGUUCUUCUACCAGCGGCAGCAGACAGAACCAAUACCUCUGAGUUAUCAAAGCCUGGAGAUGACCUGUAGGCCCUAUGAGCCUGGUGAACCUUACCUGCUCUAUAUUAAGAAGCAACGUCGCCGUGAGAAACCCCCAAAGACUUACAUCUUUCAGGAGUUUAUCCCACAGGGCAGGAGGUCCCCUUCAACUGGUCGCCGAAAGGCAAGCAAUCCUAUUACUGCCAUACAAGAUUCUUACCCGCUACCGGAUGAUCUGAGGCGUGGCAGCAACAUCGAUGGAAAGCGGAUUGGCUACAGUGACAGUGAGAGCAUGGGAGGAAGUCUGGAGUCUCUCUCCAGCCCAGCCCACAGCAUGCGAAAGUUACCCAAAGCGCCCUCUACUGGAACAAUGUCGUCAGACGAUCUGGAUGAUAAAGAUAUGGGAGUUAUCAAUGAGGCCGAGAGUAUUGAGGCAGACAGCAAUGGGACUGCGAACAAGAUACGUGCAGCAUCUCGAGCUGCCAUGACACACAGGCUCAGAAAGUUGAAGAGCAAGAUGGUCAAGUGCAGACAAUGCGACAACUUCAUCUUAGUGAACGGGAUCGAAUGCGAAGAGUGUAGCCUUGCGCUCCACAGGAAGUGCCUGGAGGUGUGUCAGUUGGAGUGCGAAAGCAGAAAAGGGUUUCUCUUUGGGAUUGAUUUCCCCCUGCUGACCAGAGACCAACCUGAUGAGGUUCCCUUUAUAGUGCAGCUAUGCACUGCUGAGAUUGAGAACAGGGCUCUCACAGUCCAGGGUGUUUACAGGGUCAGUGGAUCCAAACCAAGGAUUCUCAGGUUGUGCCAGGCAUUUGAGAUCCAGAAAGACCAAGUUGAGCUGAGUGACCUUUCACCACAUGACAUCACAUCUGUCCUCAAGCACUUUUUCAAGGAGCUUCCAGAGCCAUUGUUUACCUUUGACCUGUACACUGACUUUAUCGGUGUGGGCAAAGAUAUCCAGCGACUGAGCGAGAAAGAGCAUGCCGCAGACACCCCUGGGAUAGUGGAGAACAUAGUGGUCAAACUGCGAGAGCUUAUGGAACGGCUCCCCAGGUGUAACUACGUAGCGUUACGCCACAUGAUUUCCCAUCUACACAGAGUCGCUGAGCACUACGAGGAGAAUAAGAUGUCUCCUGGGAACCUGGGAAUUGUGUUUGGACCUACGUUUCUGCGCCCCCUAGUGUCAGGCGACAUGUCCAUGCUCGCUCUUCUGGAGACCAGCUAUCAGGCCCUACUGGUAGAGUUCAUGAUCUCACACCAAGAACAAGUGUUUGGUCUUCCUCCAAGAGCAAGCACACCUCCACCUCCUGCUCCAACUGCACCUCUUCCAGAAACCCCACCCAGAGUCUCCUCCUCACCAACCCAGACCAGUGCCUCUCAGGGACUGGACGUCUCGUCCCGAGAGCGUCCUCGAUCACUAGAGACUCGCACUAUCAAGAGAGACUCAAGCGAGGGUUAUAUUUCUGACAAGUCAUCAUCCAAUGAGGCUGUGGACCAGCUGAGCCCUGAAGCCAAUGAGAGAGCAGUCUUGGCUCUGAAGGGUGCAUCAGCAGCUGCUCUGGGGCACUCAGUGGGGGAGUCAGACUCUCACGUAGGGGCUCGGAGUCACUUCAGCAGACAGCCAGUUAAAUACCAGAGGCAGCCUCCUUCAGCAGCAGAUCUCCACACCGCAGGCUCCCAGCCAGGGGAAAGUGAAUCUACAGGGGCCGGGGAGACAGUUCAGACAGUGAGUGCAGACAGCAGCCGCAGCUGCUCCCCAGAGCGAGAGAACCCAGCUCAAGCCUCCUUAGACACGAAGCGAGAGACCAGCUUUCUGCACAGCAAGGCUGGACACGCCCUCAAGGCUCAGACCCGGUCAUGUGACUCAGCGCGGGCAACAGGAUUGGACGACGUGGUUCGAGCAUCAGGAGCAGCUGCGUCCAAUCCGAAAACAAGCCGUACUCUCGUUCCAGAGACUAAGGAAAAAGUUGACCAGCUGGCAAAACUGAACAGCAACCAGUCUAACAAUAGACACCGGGUUAGUGAAGGGCAGGCAGGGCCCCGAUCCUACAGGAGACAACCAAGGGAGCAAAGGAGUGCCCACAAGAUUCUGUCUGGGCUGAAGCUGAAACGCAGCGACUCAGGGAAAGGGGAACAACUACAUUUUGUUUGA